AUGUUCAUUCCGGUAUUCCAUUCACUUAUUUUCUACAAGGUAUAUUUUUCGAAAGUUUUGAAUAUUUUCCUUUCGUCUUUUUUUCAGGCUUGUCUUGAGUUCUCAACUGAUGAAAGUCCGCUCAACUGCUCAUCGGAGCGCUCUUCUGCAGCUAAAGAUCCGCGUGUUCACACCAGAGCCAACACAGUAAUCCUUCUGGCGUAAUUGACUUCACAAGGGUCAAAAUACGUUUUCUCUUUCAGAAGCUCGGGACUAUGUUUGACGGGGAUGUUCACGUCAUACGUUGUCGGAAAAAUCGGGGACAAAUUUUCAAGAAAACUCGGACUUUUGAUUCCCUUCGCCGGAUUGAUCAUAGCUGAUUUAACGCUCAUCUUUCAGGCUCAUUAUGUUGAAGUUAUUUUUUUCUAUAUUGAAGUUUACAAAAAAAAAAACGCUUCCAGAUUUCACCGAUGUUUUUCGUUGUCUCUGAAGUGAUAUUCGGAUUGUUUGGCGGGUAUAUGUCCAUAUUUUCCAGCGCCUUCGCUAUUGUUUCAUCACAACAUACAAAUGCUCAAAAAAGAGCCAAGAAUAUUGCGAGGAUGGAAGGACUCCUGGCUUUUGGAGGUGGCUUUCCCCGAGGAUAAAAUGCGACUUUUCUUUUCAGGAAUGACUGGUUUUUUGAUAAGCUCUCAACUGACCCGAGUCUCCUACGUUCCCAUGAGCUCCUUUUUCCUGCUGGUCCAUUUUUGUGCCUUUCUGGUGAUUCUCGGACUUCCUUCGAAAACUUUCAAGGAGACUUUCACCCGACCGUCCUUGUUGGAGACGCCGGCGGCGCUGCACAAAAGAUUGUUCAUUCCCAACUUGAUCAUACUCUAUGCCGCAUUUGCUGUCUCCUAUUUCGCUUUUAUCGGUUAGUAAGUAAUAAAGCUCUUCACAAAAAAGAAAAAGUAUCGGACAGUUCGGAGAGGUUUUCGGCAUUUGCAUUUAAAAAAAUGGAUAGGAACAAGCUAAAUUUUUUUCAAAACUAGAGAUUAUGACUUUUUUUCCAUUUCAAAAAUUAGGACUCUGUUUAGAAGAAAAGUUAGCGAAAUUCUUCAGGAAAGACGCGUAUCUUGUUCUUUUACCUGAAAGAGCGGCUGUUCUGGGACGCGGCACAGUUCAGCUACUUGAGGGCCAGCAUCAUGGCUUGCUCGACUUUCAUGGCCUUUGUCGUCUACCCUUGGCUCAAGUCCAAGAAUCUCCCUGACGUCACUCUGGCCAUCUUCGGCUUGACGUCCCGAUGCCUGGGAAUAGGAUGGUAUGCGGUGGCUUGGAGCGACUAUUCUGUGUUCUUCGGUAAUUUUAUUCGAGAGAGAAAGUUCAUCUAUUUAUUUUACAGUGAUCUUUUUCGAAAUGUUCGCCAAGUUUCCAGCGACGGGGCUUCGUAGCUUGAUUGCUUCGAAUGCCGACGCGGCGGAUCGAGGUUCGUCUGAGAAAUGAGAUAUGUUCACUUUUAGGACAGUUUACUAAAAAAGAAAAGGCAGAUCUAAUAAAACAAAUGUUCUUAUGAAUUGGCUGAAAAAAUUGAGGUCUGGAAAUUUUCAGUUAGCAAAAAAAGGAAAUUAACGCUUGAACUUCAAUUAAUCAUAAUUUCUUUAUCCUAAGUUUUCCGCGUUCCAAAUAGCCAUGAAUUAAAGUUAUAAAAAUCGAAAAAAAUGUACGAAAAAAACUGAUAAGAAAUUCGAAUAAAACUGUAGAGAAAUAUUUGAAAGCUCCUCUUCUCGAAUCCGGAAGUUUCUGGUUCUUUAUAUUGAAAAUGAGUACAACGAAAAUUUUAAAGCGCCUGAGACAGAUAGAAAGAAACCAUAAACAGUUUUCUUCUAUGCCGUUUAACGUUUUGAAUUUUCCUUAGAUGUAAUAUAAUAGAGAUCAUUAUCAAAAAUAUAUGUUCUUGAAGCUUAGCCGAUUCGAAAGCAGGGUGAUUUUUCUCUUGAAAAGUUUGAACGGUUGAAGGCGUCGCGUUCGCAGUUUUGGCGGCGAUCGAAGCGGCGGGAAACCUUCUGUCGUCGCUGUGCUUCCACACGUUGUUUCCGCUCACCGUUGGAAUUUUCCCGCAGCUUUCCUUUGUCCUUAUGGCGGUCAUUAUUCUACCAGCCAUCCUUGUCGUGUUGUGAGUCUUCUGUGAACUUAUGAAUUUUGAGGCCUGCAUGAAAGGCGAGUUGAAGGAAAAAUUAUAAGAGAAAAGUUUUUGAUAGAGAAAAAACAUACUAGGAAGCAAGAUGUGAAAUUAUAAGCAUAUUUUAUAUUGAAAAUGAGAAAUAUGCUGAUUUCAGUGGUCUCUAUCUUAUCUAUAUUUCAUUUCAGUGCGAAAAGGCGCCAGCUGGAGUCGAAAAACGUGCCAGCCGAGGAAUCAAAAGAAGCUCACGAAUGUGAAUCCUCACGUGCAACGAUGUUACCGGAAUAAACUUUCAUUUCUAAAAUUCUGUUGCUUUUGAUUUCUGUCGUUGCGAGCUGCUGGCUUGCGACAGUUUGUACCAAAAAGAAGAGCGACGAUUCUCUCCAAGUUUGUUUUAGCCGAGAGAAAUUAUGACUUUGGGGUUUUGGGAAAGCGAGCCACUCAUUUCGCGCAAAGAAGAGUCUUCGCCGUCUCAACGUAUUCAGCCCGGCGUUACUCGCAAACAGCUGAAGGUUCUUCAAAAAUUUCAACCAAAUUCAGUGGUAAAUCAGGAAAAAAAUUGGAAAGACAGAAAACGAAUACAGCUUCAAAUAGGAGUGGUUGACUGAUUUUCGUUUAGAAUUCUGUUUAAAAUUUUUCACUUUGAGUUCAAUAUUAAUUUUUACACGUGUGUCUACACUGCAGAUAUCUUUUGACCUGCUAGAGUGCCAAUGUUACUAUUAACCUUUUGAACUUGCGAAUGAUUUUUUUUAUUGUACCCACCAUUUUCAUUCUUGUUCAACAAACUAAUAUUAAGCUUUUUCACAAAUCUGGUAUCGGGCAAAUUUAGGUACACAAUACUAACUUAUAGUUCCAAUAAUUCUUCUCAUUUUCCGGUUUUAAAAUCAUUUAAUUUUACUUAAUUGAAAGAAAAAAGAAUAUAUUUUCAGAAAAUACGUCCCCUUCUCUUGGUGCCUGGCUCUUCACUAAGCAUGUCGACAAAAUCCUUGCGCAAACCUAAUUAA